GAUCCCCGUACGGGCCACAAGUUUUAUAGCCUGACUUUUACUUUUACUUCACGGACAACAGAGACCCCCCCCUAUACCCAGCGCUACGUCACUCUAUACCCAGCGCUACGUCACCGCCUGGUGUAAUGACGCCCGGACACAAUGACAGAACGCGCAGUGAGGAGAGCUGUCCCCGCCCGGCUCCCGUACAGCGCUGACUCCGCCCUUUAUCUCCCUGCGCCGCCCAGGGGGCGGGGCUGUCAGUGGCGGCGGCAGUACGGCGUCGGUACCCUCCACAAGAUGGCGGCGGUGAGCGGGGCUGGCGGGCCGCUGGAGGCGGAGUAUGUGCAGGUGGUGGUCGGCGAGGACGAAGACGAGGACGGGGACCCCGGGGGGCGGGUGGUGCUGGUGCAGGAGGGCGCCGCCAUCACCUCCGACCUCCUGCACGACAUCGUGCACACCGACACCGUCUUCUACGUGCAGCCCGACGGCAGCCUGGUGCCCGGGGGCAGCCUGGCCGAGGAGAGCGCCCGAAACCGGGUGAGCCUGCUUCCUGAGGAGACCGCGGACAGGCCGCCCGCCCCGGCGUCCCAGCAGCUGCGCACGGUGGCCCACCAUGUGGCCCUGACCCAGGGAGACUCCGGCUCAGUGACCCGGAUCCUCCGCCAGGAGCAGCUGAAAUCCAUUUGUGUACAAGUGCCAGGCCUCCCGCCAGAGGGCAGCACAGCCCGGGGGAUGCUGGAGGAUAAUGGGGCAGAUACGUCUGACCAUGCCUACGUGAGCUCCGCUUACCCCAGUGCUGAGAUCGUACACACGGGGCCCCAGACUGAGCAGGCCCUGCAACCUCCGCUCAGCACACCCUCCUCAGAGUCUCCCUUCCAGGACCUCGUACAUCAGGCCCCGCAGCCUCCGCUCAGCACACCCUCCUCAGAGUCUCCCUUCCAGGUCCUCGUACAUCAGGCACAGCUGGCUUCGGAGAAAGCCACCGCCCAUGAUGCCAACAGUAACACGGGGCCUUUCGAGCCUCUGGAUGAGCAGAGAACCUGUGCCGCCCACCCACAGAACGGCACGGUGUGCGCAGCAGAGAAGACGCAGAAGAAGGGACAGAAACGCCGGAAGUCCAUAAAGGUAAAAACCCGCUCUGGGCGGAUCUCCCGGCCCCCGAAGCACAAGGCCAAGGAUUAUAAGUUCCUCAAAGUGGGGGAUCUGAUUCAAGGCAGCUCUUCUGAUUCCGAGGACUACUCAGAACUGAGCACGGAGGAAGAGGACGGUGGCGGUGGCGGCAAGACGGCGCCUGCCCCCUGUAACCUGCAGCCGCACACUGUGAAAAACACGCUCUUCCAGUGUGAGACCUGUGAGAAGUCCUACAUGGGAAAAGGCGGCUUAUCCCGUCACUACAGGCUGUAUCCCAGUCACGGGCAGAUGGAGCCUCCAACCCUUUCUGACGUCAGGAAAAAUGGAGACUCUGCUGCUGGGCCGUCUCCGCCUGCUGAGAAGAAGAAGCCUAUCCCCAGGCCUAGGAAGAGGCUGCUGGAAGACCCCCUGAACCCCAGUGUGACCAGUCCCCCCACCUUGGCUCAAGAUGGUUUUGAGUUUGUACCGAUGUCUUCCGCACGUCAGGGCCGCCGGCAGGUGUCAGACAAGAGGUUCAGACGUCCCAGGAAAAUACUGGCAGCUGCACCAGCAGAGCAGAACGCUCCGACCAUAAGAGAGAUGAUGGAGCAGUGUGAUGAUGCCGAUUUAAAAGAACAAGUUGCACCAAGUUUUGCCAAACUGCUUUCAGUCUAUGACUUCUUACUCAUAAAGGUUAAACAAGAUAACUCGGACAAGCUGCUGUUUCCUCUUGUUUAUAAGGAGUUUGAGAAAUUGCAUUCAAUGGUGAAAGUCUUGGCUGAGGAGUAUGUCAGUAAGAUGGUCCUUGGCUCAGGAAAGGAGACUGUUGAAGUAACGGAUAAUAAGGUGGCGGAGUCGCUGGGCAUUCCAGAAGAAAUGAUUCUACAAGUCAGCCGGGCGGUCUCCCCUGCAGUAACAAAGAAGGAAGCGCAAUACGAGAAUGAGUGCUCAGAUAAAGAGCUGAUGCCGCCAUCCAAAAGAUUUAAACCGGCCGAUCCAGAAUGUGGGAACCCGACUGGAACCAGUGAGAAGACUCUGAUCAUCCGUGACGCAGGACAGAGGGAUGAGGGUGACAACCAGGAGGGGUCGUCGCCAGGAAAUUACAGCUGCUCGAAUGGUGCAAGUGAAGGACCUGAGCUGGUGAGUGGAUCGGCACAGCCUGGACUAAUGGAUGAGGAUGCCGCCAGCCCACAAACCCGUUCUCCGCCUAUUCCAUGCGCGACCACAGAAGGUCUGUUGGAAACAUCACAGUCUCCCACCAACACCAGGACUGAAGAACCGUGCGACUUUUCACAGAACACAUCAUGUGAGCUUACACAGGGCAACGUAACGCAAACUACCCACAGGGACGGGAUGGACGGAACAGCUGUGCCAGAGGUUACUCCUGUUGCACUUAGCAUGGAGCCGUCAAUCCUUGGGCCACUGUCCGAGAGCAGCGCCUCUUCCACAAAUUGUCCGCAGAUGACGGAGCCGACGACAAUCUUCAACACAGCUGGGACAAAAGCUCCGUCAGAGGAAACGAACAGCAGAGCCUCACCGGGUCCCCCAGCGGCGGAGGGAGACUCCCUCACUCCCAGCCCGGGCGCCCCAUUUUGUGCAGGAACUACGGGCGCUGAUCCGUGCACCACAGACUUUGGCUUGAGCCAUGAACAUGAGCUGGUCUUUAUUGACAGCGCAGAGGAAACCGUCACAGAGGAAGCGGUUGUGAUAUUUGACAAUACGGAGUCCACAAGCACAAACUUAGAUACAGUGGUCGCACUUGUUGAAAUGUAGACGACACUGAUAUAUCCAUCUACCUUUGAGAUGAUCAUUACGCUCGUGCUUGGUGUGUGUGUUUUUUUUUUUUUUAAUAUAUAGAUAUAAAAAUAAAUUAGGAUAUUUCCUAUAUAUUCUUCUAUAUUGCAAUGUAUAACUUAUUUGUAAAUUGUUUCUAUGAGAGUUUUAUUUUUUACCAAAAAGGAGAUGUUUUCCUCUAUAGACCUCAGAAUGGAAGGUUUUGCAUUUGCGCUAUUUUGUCCUAUGAAAGAACCAGUGGUACAGGCUUCUGAAUGCGCAAAGCCAUAACGCCGGUACAUUUGUCGCUUUGCUCCAUGAGAUACUGUUAUAGAGACUUCUACAGAAAAGGAAAGCACAAACGCUUAUAUUUAGGAGUGGGCGGUGGAGCAGAGCGCCUAUGGUGCUGCUGUACGCCCUUCUGCAGGAAGAGCGCCGGUCUUUAGGGUGGACUCUCUAAUCCCCUUCUGUAAAAGCUAACAGAACGUUUUUACCCUAUUCUAGUCCAACGCCUCAGCCUCCUAAUUUACUGACGCUAAUCCUCGAGCAUGACCAACAGGCCAUGUUUUCAGGAUUGCAAUCAUGCACAGGUGAGUUAAUCUAUCUUGUUGGGAUGGUAAGUAUGCCACCUGUUUCCACAGACAGAAAUCUUGAAAACAUGGCCUUUUUGGUAGUACUUAAGGGCUGGUAGUGAGAACUCUUAAGUUGUCGUGUGCCUGACAAGUAUGUACAACAGACCGUUGUGUCAGAUCCAGAUGGGUGUUGUGGAAGUAGGACCCAACGCCUGUGUGUACCUGUAUUCCCUCAGCCCCAUUGCUGUGUGUAGAAGUAUCAGGCACCGGUAAGCUUCCUGCUAAUUUGCCUUUUGAUUGCUAGCCGUAGCAUGACUUGCCUUUUGUACACCCUGCUCUGCUGCCUUGUUGUUCUGCUCACUGGGGCUUUGGCCGGCCAGGUGGGUAAUUUAGAUAACUUUACUGGUAUUCGAUGAUUGACAAUCACAAUUUAAGGGAUAAGCUGUCAGGAACGCUCAUUAGUAACCCUCCCGUUCUUGGUGGCAGCCAUGUUGUGGGUGGGACUGGCACCAGUGAAGUGAUAGGCUGCGUUCCCAUAUGUAUUGGUUCAGGCCGUAAAAAUGUGGUUCCUCCUGCAAAGGGCAUGGGGCGUCUUUGAUGAUGAUGAUGAUGAUGAUGCAGUGUACAUAGCGCUUCUGCCACAUGCCUUGCACUCUGUAGGCCAAGUGACAAUUAUAGGAUACUAAUACACUGGGUCACCCCAGCCUGUCCCCUCCCCACCGUACUUACCGGCCCUCCUGGAGACCACCCUCUAUUAUAUAGAUAGGAUGGUGCCCAGUGCCCGCAGUAACCACUACAGAAGAGCUGAGAAAACCCAGCUCGUGUGCCUGUCCGUGUGCCUCUGACCUAGGGAUACUGAAGACCAUUAAAAUAUUUUUGGUUUGAAUUUCCACCAUGCCUAUCGCUGUAUGACAGGGUUACGUUUGCCUUCAGAACCGUGCGUCCUCUGUGACUGCUCCAUCGCACAAAAUGAUUACAAAGCAUUGUUUACUCAGGUCUUAAUGAUUGCUGGUCCCACCCAUAAGCCGCGUCGUCACACAAACCACUUCAUGGAGCUAUCUGUACUCGCCGUGUCGACGUGUGAUUGAUAAGUGCUGCACAAUGAGAUGUAUGUUGUCCGAAAUAAACAUUCGCUUUUCGUUAA